AUUGUUGUAGUAAAUGAUUUUCCCAGACCUGUGUGUACGCGUAUAGUUAUUAUUAUAGUUAUUAGUAGUUCAUGUAAUGAACUAGCGAACGAUAUCAAAUUAUCAACCCGUCUUCUUCAUUUUAAUGAAUAUUGAAUAAUAAUCUUUGUUAAUAAUAUUCAUAAAAAUUCGUAAGUUUUCAGCAGUGUCACCACUCACCGUCUAAUUGAAAUUUUCCCGCCUCCGAAAACAGUUCAUUAGGCGACGUUCUCGUGCUGGUAAAUUGGUGGACCCGUCGUCGACCAGCUAGCAAUCUCCGUGAGGUUAUGCAACAGACGACCGACGUGGAAUCCGUCUUCAAUUGCUAAAUAAUAUAACGUGACCGUCGCUAUGUCCAAGACGUCCGGUUCGGCCGCGUCCGGCUCGUCAUCGUCGUCGUCACAACAGCAAACGUCUGGAGUCGCCGCUGUACCGGCCGAAGAUAAUUUUGAUUUUCUGUUCAAAAUCGUGCUUAUCGGUGACUGCGGCACCGGAAAGACAUGUGUCGUUCAGCGGUUCAAGAGUGGAACGUACGCCGAGAACCAGGGCAACACCAUCGGUGUCGAUUUUUCUAUGAAAACCAUCAAGAUCGACGGCAAGAAAGUAAAGCUUCAAAUAUGGGACACGGCCGGUCACGAGAGGUUUCGUACGAUCACUCAGAGUUACUAUCGCUCAGCUAAUGGGGUUCUACUAGUGUAUGACAUCACGAAACGUGCUACUUUCUUGAAUCUACAAAGAUGGGUUGAAGAAGUACGUCGAUAUACUUCGUCUAAUGUUUUACUUGUGUUGAUUGGUAAUAAAUGUGACUUAGAGGAGAAUCGUCAGGUAGAGUUGUCUGAAGCAGACGCUAUGUGUGAAUACUUUCCAGAACUAUUGUCUGUUCUAGAAACGUCGGCUAAGGAAAAUAAAAACAUUGAAGAAGCGUUUGUGACGAUUGCCUCUGAACUUAAGAGACGUCAUGACCAAAGUGCUCAUAUUGAAGAUGAACCUAAUCCUGUCAUCAACUUAAGUGAAGGUGAAAAUGUUCAAAAAUGUAAAGGCUGUACAUUGUUAUAAGCUAACAUUGCAACAUGGUACAGUAGAACAAAUCAAUAUUUGAUCAUUAUUAUUCUAAAACCCGAUGACGAACAUGUGUAAUUAAUUAAUUAUGCGUUCAUAAUCCUAUGGUAACACACUUGUUUAAUGUAAAACAUUUAAAGUUUUAUUUAGAUUGUAUUUAAAAAAAAAAAAAAAUUAUGUGGAUAGGGACAGACCAUCCCAGAAUUUUUAUACACGUUUAUGAUCCGCGUUAAACUGUAUUUAAUUUUAUCUUUCGUAACUUGCAAUAACUAUUUAUGUACUUGAACCUCACUUUGUUAAUCAUUCAAUCAUGUACUAUAAUAUAAUACUAAAUAAGAUUCUCGAAUAGUUUUAUGGGGGACCAUGUUUUUUUUUCAAGUAUCUCCCCACAUGGUCCACAGGUAUAUAUUACUGAAAUUAUUUUUAUCAGUAUAGAAUAUUAUAUUAUAGAGUAUCAAUGAUGUUUUUUAUUAGCAGCUAUUAUAUUUUACGAUAUUGUGUACAUGAUAUUAUUCAUAUGACAUUCAUGUAUCUCUAUCGAUAUUCUGUAAAUAGAUGUAUGUCCAUAUCGAGAAUUUUAAAAAUUUUUUAUUUUUCUUCUGUCUAAUAAUAUCAUUUCACAAGUGAUGAUUUGAAUUGAUUUUAUUUAUUAUAUACGUGUUUUUCUUCAUAAAUUUAGAUAUAUAUAUAUAUAUCUGUAUGAUAAUUGAUUGUAUGUAUUUAUACAUACAUAAAUACAUAUACAAGUAUACAUACAUUUGUAUAACAUUAUUACCAUCUUUUGUAAAAGCACCUCUAAUAAUAUGGUGAAGGUAUUUAAAUAUUAUAUAAUUAUUUUUAUUAUUAUUAUUAUUAUUAUGUGUAGUGAGAGUAGGGAAAUAUUAAUAAUUCUAUUAUAAUAUGCUUAAUACUAUUAACUAGUCACGUGAAAAAUGUAUGAAAUAUUUUAUUGUAGCAGUUCCUUUCAUUGGUUAACAAUUGUUUAUGAUGAUGAUAAUUUCCCCCUACAAAAAUUUGUGAUUUUUAAUGUUUUAUAUGAGAUGUGUGGUGGAAAAUUAUAUGUACUAUAUGUAUCUAAAAGAAAUUAUUAUUGUUUAACUUUUUCAACUUUAUAGAUAUUUUAUUAUCGGUACCUAGCUAUUUUUAAUUUUAAAAUAUUUAUAUAUAUAUAUUUUUUUUUUAAUUAUUUCAAAUUUUAAUUUUUUUUUAAAUUUUUUUUUAAUUUAAUUUAUUUUUUUUUUUACUUAUGUCUACAUCAAUUGUAUACCUGUAAUAAUUAUGUAUGCUGUUGUGUUUUACUUGUACGGAAGUGAUGGCUACCAAUAAUCAUGAUUUGGAGAUCAAAAAACAAAGAAUUCAAAUAAGAGCUCGAGGCGGGAAAUUAUAUGAUAUUAUAAUAAUAUUGUCUUUUUACAUUAAUAUUACAAUAUUUAUUAUAUUGUAUGACUAACAACAAUAAAGAUUUCUUUUUUCGAUUUAAA